AUGGCGAUCAAAACCAUAUAUAUUGCAAGGCAUGGAUACAGAUCUAACUGGCUGCCCCAGGGUCCGUAUCCUCCUCCUCCUACAGGAGUAAACAGUGAUGUUCCAUUAGCUGAACAUGGUGUUAAACAGGCGAAGGAGCUGGCGCAUUAUAUAAUGUCGAUAGACAACCAGCCAGAACUGCUGUUCUCGUCGCCAUUUUAUCGUUGUUUGGAAACCUCACAGCCCAUUGCGGACCUUUUGGAACUGCCAAUCUAUGUGGAACGCGGUAUUGGAGAAUGGUACAAGCCAGACAGAGAUGUGAUUCCCGAGCCUGCGUCAUUUGCUGUCCUGAAUAAUUUCUUCCCGGGCAAACUGAGCCCUGACUGGGACGCAACAGUGAUUCCUAGCGACAAAGGUGAGACUGAACAGGAUAUUUUCAACAGGUGUCGCGAGUUUUUGCCCAAGUUUGUCGCUAGGGUCGAGUCCGAAUUUCCCGAUGUCGAGACUAUUCUCUUGGUGACACACGCCGCGACGAAAAUCGCACUCGGAAUGAAUCUGCUAGGAUUCGACAACUGCCGGGAACCUCUUGACGCAGAUGGAACCAUUUUACGUAGCGGAAGUUGUUCGCUGGAUAAAUUCGAACUAAUCGCUGGCGGCGACAAAAUCGAGGAUUUGCAAAAAGUGCCCUUCGCAAGCAGGAAAUGGCAUCUUACGAUGAACGGCAACACUGAGUUUUUGAGUAACGGUGAGGAAAUGCACUGGGACUUCCAAUACGGCUUUGAAGCAGGCUCGGACGCCGACAUAAGGGCCAGAAAGUUGAUGGCGGAGAAAGAUGCGCAAAAUAUCACAGAUGCAAACGCAGCUGCACUUCCAAAUGCCACCCGGCCGGUAACAGAUACCGAUCGUUACGAGCAUGUGUAUUUCAGCGUCGAUAUUCCAGGUAAAAAUGCCAAACGCAGCAGUGAAAUAGAGCCCAAUGCUACUCUGCAGUAUUCUGGAUUGGAGACAAACGCUCCCUUAGUCAAAAUAGGCGAAAACUUCUACGAAGGAAGCUGGCAAAAGCUAGUUGGUACUGAACUGGUUUUUCCCGACGCGGCUGCUGUGAAGACUGAGUCGGAGACCAAUGAAGAUGACGAGAGCCUCCCGAAUGAAAAUGUUGACGAAGGUCAAGAAAGGGAAAGUUCAGCAGAUGGCACCGAGCCCAAAGCAGAGAAAAUAUACCGUAUUACUGAUAAGCUCGUCCUGGAACAGAUACGUCCUUUGUAA